AUGGGCCGCUACGACUUCCGUCCCCUCCGCGUCCACAGCGCCGCGACCCAACUCCUCGAAACGCAGCGCCUGCGCGCCGAGCCGCCCUGGUACCAUGUCGUCGCCAACAUCCCCCCCUCCCAACCUCUCGUCCGACCCAUCCUGAACGCCGCAGCACAAUCAAAAAAGGGCAAGAAGCCCAGCCGCAUGUUCCAGCCCAUGCCGAUAAAAUACCCCGAGGACCAGCUACGGCGAGAGUUCUUCAGCGAUCAUCCGUGGGAGCUGGCGCGGCCGAGGGUGGUGCUGGAAGAUGAUGGGAAGGAUGGAAAGAGGUGGGAGUGGAGUAGGAUUGAGCAGGAGGGGCGGGCGUUGGAUGGUGAGAGCGUCGUACAACGACAAUUGUAUCUCAUGAAAAGGGGCGGUCCAGAGGGUCAGCCUAUGUCCAAAGAGGCCGCCUACGACAAGGCCAGGAAGGAGUUCUACGCCCACAGACAUCAAGACGAGGUUGAGCGGAGGGUCGCAAGGGAGGAGGCGCUGCACGUGGGCGCUUACUUCGGCAAGUCUGCUCUAGAAAUCGGUAUGGAACUUGAAGACAAGAGCUACGAGGACUGGAAGGUGUGGGCUACGAAGGAGGCCAUGGCGGUACAGAUACAGUCGCAGGGCGGGAGCCUUACGACUGUGGACGAUGAAGAUGCUGCGCUAGACAGCGAGGAUCCGGAGACGGUGGCGGCGCUAGAUGAAGUGGAGAAGAGUGUGCCGAACAAUAAGAAAGGGCAGGAUGCAAAAGGAGGUGCCGCGUUGCACCCGUGA